CUGCUUCGGCGAUAGGUACUUAGAUAAACCGAUAAUGGAUACGACUGCACUUCCGCGGGCAUAUAAUAAGCGCAACAGGAGAUGGCGGAGAAAUGGACAACACCAUGGAAUCCAUUGUUAUCUGAGCCGACGCGCCGAGCUCCCUGAACGACGCUAGUUCAAACGACAGAUACAGAUGGAGGCCCUAAUCUAGAGGAGGGGGAGGGGGAAAAGAGAAGACGCAUACUCAGUUAUGCAGACAGAGACAGAGGUAGCUUUGCAGCAAUAAUUUGACGGAAGGGUACUUGCCGUAGCUCCCGUUCCGGACUCCGAGGCCGUAAACGGAGCUGUCUCGUCCCCAGAGGAAAGGAAAAAAAAAAAAUCUAGGCAGUUUGGGAGGGACUCUAGGGACUGCCCUGGACAGCCCAGAGGGUACCUAGCUCCAGAGCCUACCUACAAGGACUUAACCUGGCCGGGAGUUUUUCCCGCGCUGUCCAAUUCAGACUAAUAACCUAGGUAGGUAAGAGUAGAAGAAUAGGUACCUACCUAGUAGAACACCACUACCACCACCACGACCAGCCUCCAUCUGAACUACUUUUUUGCUCCAUCGCCUCCGCUCGGCUUUGGACUUCUUUCUUGCAUUUCUUACUUACACUUCAACUGCCGGCGACAAGACUCGUACUCAUCAUUCAUUGAUCGGUGUAUUCGAAUAGACCGAGGCGAAUCAAGAACACGGCUCGGAUAUAGCAACCACUUUGCACGGUCUUUUCAGCUCCAGCAAGUCGAGGCCAUAUUUUUCGCCCCGAACUUAGUAUCUAGGGCCUUAUCUCAACUUGAACAUCGUCAUCGUUUUAGCGACCAUCCUCCGGCGCAACUCCAUAUCUUGAGCCUCCUGCAGUCCCCGUACACGACAUAGCCGACUCCAUCCACGGCACAGAUCGCUCGCCGUCACUUUUAUAGCAGCAAUUGCCCCGAUACCUCCUCCAGUCGCCAACCUGGCGGCCCUCGAGACCAAGCCUUUCGGCGGAGCAUCGGAAGCUGUGGCCGCCAUGGCCCAGCCAAGUGCAGAGCCAGUCGAAGAAUACGACUAUGAAUCUCUCCCGCCCAACUUCUCCCUCCUGCAGAACAUGGCGGCAGGCGCCUUUGCCGGCAUAGCAGAGCACACUGCCAUGUAUCCCAUUGAUGCAAUCAAGACCAGAAUGCAAAUCCUCAACCCCAGCACCACACCGGCCUACUCGGGCGUCAUUCGUAAUACCGUUCAGAUUGCCCGCACCGAGGGAUUCUUCAGCUUAUGGCGCGGCAUGUCCAGUGUCAUAGUUGGAGCUGGUCCUGCGCAUGCCGUCUACUUUGCAACAUACGAAGCAGUCAAACAUGCCAUGGGCGGUAACCAGGCCGGUGUACAUCAUCCCCUCGCUGCUGCCACCAGCGGUGCCGCUGCGACUAUUGCUAGCGACGCGUUCAUGAACCCUUUCGAUGUCAUCAAGCAGCGCAUGCAGAUUCAAAAUUCGAGCAAGAUGUACCGAUCCAUGCUGGACUGCGCCAAGUAUGUCUACAAGUCCGAGGGCUUGGGCGCUUUCUACAUCUCGUACCCCACGACACUGUCCAUGACAGUCCCCUUCACAGCUCUACAGUUCCUCGCAUACGAGUCUAUUUCAACCGCCAUGAACCCCGCAAAGAACUACGACCCCUUGACACAUUGUUUGGCCGGUGCCGUUGCUGGUGGUUUUGCUGCUGGUCUUACCACCCCCAUGGAUGUCAUCAAGACUAUGCUCCAGACUCGGGGAACCUCCACCGACCCCGAAGUGAGAAGCGUCAACAGUUUUAUCGGAGGCUGCCGCCUACUAUAUCAGAGAGCCGGGUUCAAAGGCUUCUUCAAGGGUGUGCGACCUCGCAUUGUUACCACAAUGCCCAGCACAGCUAUCUGCUGGUCGGCAUAUGAGUUCUCAAAGUCCUAUUUCAUCAAGCGCAACGAUGCUGCUUGAACAUGACAUCUAAGUCUUGGAAUGCUUGGAUGACCGACCUCAACUCUGCAUAGAUUUGCAACCAUAUUCGACACCCUGCGAUUAUCUUCAUGAGAGAUGGAUUUGGGAGCGAGGACGCUUUAGAGAGCAUGGCUAUGGGACUGAGACGGCUACAACGACAACAUCCGAAAUACCCUUGAACCCUUGAACAGAAACCUUUUGAUUCGACGCUUCCCCGAUUGGGUUCGAGCCCUUUAUACCAAGGACCUCUACCGACUUUGCAUCUGACCACGACCUCUCAAAGGACGAUGGCUGAGUAAAGAUCGAGGCAAGCGACGGAUCGUGUACAUAAAGAAAUACCAUCACUUUUACGAACGAAAAAAUCGGAGAGCGGCGACAUGGAUGGGAAACGGAUGAGUUAUUGCGAGUGUUGAUUCACGCAGUUAGACAGCGGAAGAGUGUUAUGAUAGGUUGUCUGUUAUUACUUAUGUCAAAAUACGAAGCGAAAAUGCUUUGGCAUUAUACAAUUUCCAACCGGGCUUGAUUCACACAUUAUCUUGGAUCUAGCACAAGCUGUGACUAUCCGGAUUGGCGCAAUGGGUUUGUGUCUGUUCCCUAAGGCUGCAAUGCGUGUGUCCAUUGCGAUGUCGCUGUAGCGCCGACGUCGGCGGUGGGUGAUAUUGUACCGAGGCCGAGCAACCACGCACGCUUCAUCGGGGUACUAAAAAAACUAGGCAAAUAGAUAGAUUGACAUGUUGAUUUGAUUUGGAUGCUUUACUUGCGGUAUAAAGAUAGAAUUCUCAAGGUAUACGAUCUCAC